AUGGCUCGGCUCGCCGAUAUUUGUCCCUCCAGCGAUGACGACCUUCCCGACUUGAAGACUCUGAUUAGGAAGCAAGGUGCCAGAGCAACCAGAACAGCAUCUAAGCCCACGAGCGUUUCUGCCAAACCUGCCGCCUCAAAACCCACAGCCAAGUCUGAAACUCGUCGAGUACGCCGUCUUGGAGAGCCCAGCAAGGCCACAGGCAACCCACUCUUUCAGCGAUGGAAUUCGGAGGAACAUGAGAACUCUCAAGAGGGUAGGUCGAGAGGACCGGGCCGAGCAUCACGAAAGACAACACCAAGCGAGUCAAUUUCGCCCCCGCCUGAGACUGGUUCUGCCUCAGACUCUGAAUCUGAAGAUGACCUGCCCCGCGCCAAUGUUCAACGGCCGAGGAGACGGCAACCGGCCAUUGAGGAUUCUGACGAGGACAGCGACUCACAGGAAGAAGAGGCGUUGCUCACGAGGGUACGGCGACUUCAGAAGACCAAGGCAGGCGCGGUGACAGCGCCAAGUCAGGAAACUGAGAAGCGAGUGCCCAGGGCCAGGCCGGAAAGCAAGUCGAAAGCGUUGAUGUUUGCAAGGGAGAUUGAGAGUGGGACAGACACCGAGGUGAACCGGGAAGAGAGCGAGGCUGAGGAUCCAAGCGUGUAUCAAACUGCAGGCGAAGACUCUUCUGACUCUGCCUCUGAGCUGGACUGGUUGAACGAUUCCCCCGAUCAACCAGCUCGGACGAAACCCACGAGACCGGUCAGGGUCCGACCUCAGGGAACAGCCGGCGCAAAGGAUAAUGCUUCCCUAAUAAGGAAUGCCCCUUCUCUAAAGCCCAAGGCCAGGACGAGUCAGAAUACCACGAAGGAGACAGCAUCGAGCAAGGAGGUUGCUCAAUCUCGGAAGACAAGCCAAAGCAAACAACGAGGGGAUUCACAAGACACGACAACCGCCUCAGACCUCGCCGAUACUCUAUCCAAACUUCGACUUCAGCUACAAGACUUUUCCGAUGAGGAGGGCAAAUCGUCAAAGAGGGAUCAGUUCACCACGCCUCCCAGCACACCACCGAAAACCUCGAAGCCCAAGGGGCUCAUGUCUCCGAGCAAGAAGGUUCAGAUUCCCAAAACUCCCCACAGGCCCAGCAUGGACGCCUUUUGGAAUCAAGAUGUAGUCAACGAGUGGAAUGACCAUCACUCACCACGAAAACUCAUGCUUCCACCAGUAACAAAGAGCCCAAGCAAAGCGAGCCCAAAGAAGGAGCCCAAGAAGGAAACCAAGAAGGCUUUUGCCGCGAGAAAGAAUGCUCUGGCUGAGAGCUUCCUCGCUGAACUCGAUCGUGAAAUCACUCAGGGCGAGAUUGCAAAACUGGCCGAGUCUACAGGCGGUGUCAAACUUGUCUGGACAAAGACACUUAACACCACAGCUGGCCGUGCUAGUUGGCGUCGGGAGACGAUCCGCACAACACGCAAGACGGAUGGUGCUCAGCUCUUGGUGACGUACAAGCACCAUGCCUCAAUUGAGCUGGCUGAGAAGGUGAUUGACGACGAGCAUCGACUACUGAACGUAAUGGCACACGAGUUCUGCCAUUUGGCCAACUUCAUGAUCAGCGGUAUCACCACGAAUCCUCAUGGCCGCGAGUUCAAGGCGUGGGCGGCAAGGUGCUCAGCCAAAUUUGGAGACCGCGGCAUCGAGGUUACAACCAAACACAGCUACGACAUCGACUUCAAGUACGUGUGGGAGUGCUCGGCUUGCGGGACAGAGUUCAAGAGACACUCCAAGAGCAUCGAUCCACAACGACAUCGAUGCGGCAGCUGCAAGGGCCUACUAAAGCAGACGAAGCCGACGCCGAGGGGCGGAGGUGCCACCGGAGGUCCGAGCAAGUAUCAGAUCUUUGUUAGGGAGCAGAUGGCGGUGGUCAGGGAAGAGAACCCCGGGAGCCCGCAGAAGGUGGUGAUGAAGCUCAUUGCGGAGAAGUGGGCGAAGCAAGGGGGUAAUAAGGGCAUGGAUGGUGUUCUUGAGAAGAUGGUUGAUUUGACCAUUGAGGAAAAGUAA